UUUGCGGCUUCACUCACUCGGAUCGGAAGUAAAUCACCAAACGGCAAACACAAAAAAAGAAAACAAAAAAAUCAAAACAAAAGGGCAAAUGGACACCACCACCAGCACUCCACAAAAGCUUCCGGACCAGCCGCCAGCCCAGCCCCAAAAGGCGAUAUUCAAGUUCGGCAAUUAAGCAACGCGAAUGGAUAAUACCAAAUUAACAUAAUGCUCGAUCGGGAAAAAAGGCGAUUUAUUACCGGAAUGUUCACACACGCAGUUCGGAUGACAAAUUCGUUGGUAUUUGGACGCGGGGGCGGCGGCGCCAGCCAGGAGAUUACGGGUAAAGAAAUAAGCGGAGCAAAUCCGAGAGUUCAUAUAAAUUAAAAGUCGCGGGCGCGCUUCAAGACGCCUCAAACGCUCCGGUAUUGUUGUCGGUGUCCGGGCUUCUGGUCCUCAUCCCUCGGUCAAACACACAUGUGACUCUAUAGUUCCCGUACAAUAGACCCCCGGCCACAGUGACAAAUAGAAUAAAAUAGUAAUAAAAGAGAGCGGCGACGGUGACGAAAGCAUUUGGCGAUAAUGGAACGAUAAAAGAGUCAAACGCUCGACUUUUCGACUCUGCAAUGACACUCACCCCGCAGUGUUCCGGACGAUAGUGCUCGCGUGCCACGGUCGGAAAAGUCGAACAUAUAAAUAUUACUAUCGGCUUACCAUAGCUAUUCGAGGGCAAACAGAAGAUAGUGGCUCUACACUCGGAGAAACACUUGCCGUCCGAAAACCUGUUGCCCGCCGUCUUUGUAAAUUAGUUAGUUUAAUUAAUUCGUAUGCUUAAUAAACACAAAACUAAAUAAAGUCCAAGCCAAACGCCAUCAUAACAAGUUAGUCUUCGAUCUGUCCCGAGACCGUUGACUCCCAAGAGGCGAACCGGAGACCGGAGCACAGCGCAGAAUUGACCCAAAGCGCGACGGCGGAGAAUCCGAGCCCCUGACAAAUUCUACGAGUAUAAAGCCCGGCCAACAAAAUGCCGCGGUCGCAUUUCACUCGGAGGCAUUGUCUAGCGAUGACUGGCGGAUUAAUUGCAUCGGCGGUUCUCAUCUGGUGCGUCGCUCACUCGGCGCUCGAGUCGUCGGCCAAGCUCUACGAUCCCGGCACUGAUAAAUCCACGCUCGAGCUGCUCCAUGUGGUAUUCCGACAUGGACCACGAACGCCGGCGGAUACGUAUCCAAAGGAUCCGUAUGUAAAUGAGACCUACUAUCCAUUUGGCUGGGGACAAGUAACAAAUAAUGGCAAACGCGAGCUGUUCAACAUUGGUACUUGGCUGCGUAAGCGUUAUGGCAAAUUUCUGGCGCCCAACUACAGUCCCGAUUUGGUCCACGCUCAGGCGACGGGUGUUCCGCGGACUCACAUGACCAUGCAGACUGUUUUGGCCGCCUUCUUCCCGCCGAAGGGCACGGACAUGGAGUGGAAUAGUCGGUUUAAUUGGCAGCCCAUACCUGUCUUUUCCCAGGAGCUCAAUGAGGACACGUUGCUGCUCGUCCGUACUCCAUGCCCCCGAUAUUUUGAGGCCCUUAACGAAGUCUACGAGCUACCUGAGGUGAAAGCUGAAAUCGCUCCCUACCUGGAAAUGUUCAAGGAGUUAGAGGAACACACCGGCCUGAGCUUCAAGGAGCCCGAGGACGUGCAGUCUCUGUAUUUGACCCUGCUGGCCGAACAGGAGUGGGGUCUGGAGUUGCCCGAAUGGACCCAUUCGUACUUCCCCGAGAAAAUGCAGUUCCUGGCCGAGCAGAGUUACGUUUAUAACGUCUACACGCCCGAAAUGCAGAAGAUAAAGGGCGGGCCCUUCCUCAAGAAGAUGUUCGACGAAAUGCAGCAGAAGAAGAACGGAACCCUGAAGCCCAAUGGCAGAAAGCUGUUCAUCUACACGGGCCACGACUCGACGGUGGUGAAUGUUCUCUCCGCCCUGAAGGUCUGGGAGCGACAGCUGCCCCGCUACUCCUCCAUGGUCCUAUUCGAACUGCAUAGAAACAAGGAAACCGGGGAAUACUGGGUGGAGAUAUACUUCCGCAACGAUCCCAAAGCUCCCGCCCAGAAGCUGACGGUGCCCGGCUGUGAGUUCCAGUGCCCCUUGGAAAAGCUGUUGGAGCUGGCCAAGGAUGUGGUGCCCACGGAAGCGGAUGCCAAGCGAUGCGAGUCUCGAAACGAGGGCUUCACAGAGCCACCACUGCGAGGGCCAUAAAGACCAGAAUCUAGUCCCCAAGUAAAAUUCGUAAAGGUGCUACAAUUCUCAGGGAGUGGGACUGCCACAGACUCACCAGUAAGCCACAUCCACCAAGUUAGGUUCAUAGGUUAGCUUAAGCCGAAUAAACACGUCAACCCAUUUUGGGACGAUCCAAUAAA